UACGUAACGUACAGUUACGAAAUAAGUUUUGAACGGAACGAUACGAGAGUGCAUACGAUGUCGGAUUCCGAACAAGUAUUUCUUCUACGUCGGCUUGUGUGGAAAUGCAAAUGGACCGUUAUUGUUUUAUCGAUAUUAUGUGUUAUUCCAUUGAACGUUGUAAAUGCCGACAUGAAAUCGUAUGGUGCGAAGGAUAAUCAGUGUCCCGUUGAGUGUGGGUGCCUUGGGAAUGUGGUGGACUGCAGUAGCUUACAAUUGAUCGGAGCACCCAGUGGUCUACCACCAUGGACAGAGAUCUUGGAAUUAAAAGAAAAUAAUAUAACUAGUUUGGAACCAGAUGCCUUGUUACAUUUAACUAAGCUCAAAGAACUGGAUCUUAGUGCUAACAAAUUUGGAGAUAACUUUACAAUUGUUUUACCAACAGCUACACAGUUACAAGGACUGAAAGUUAAUAAAAAUCAAUUGACUAGAGUGCCUGAUAUGGUUUUUGUUGAAAAUAUAACUCACCUUGCAUUAGCUCAUAACUCGAUUAGCGAUAUAAAUGGUACCGCUCUACUUACCUUGCAACGACUUGAAAAUUUGGAUGUCAGUGGAAAUAGGAUAAGCGUCAUACGAAAUGGAUCAUUUCUUGCUCCUAAUUGCCUUACGCACUUAAACUUAAAUAUGAAUCAGAUAAGGCUAAUCGAAAAUGGAAGUUUAGAUAAUCUAACUUCCUUGGAAGAACUACGUUUAAAUAAAAAUCAUUUAACUCAAUUGAAAGAUCUUUUUACAAAUUUAAGGAAACUGCGUAUAUUAGAAAUAAAUAGAAACGAAUUACAGACGAUCCAAGGGCUUAGCCUCCUGGGUUUAAGAAAUCUUAAAGAAUUACGGUUAAAAAGAAAUAAGAUCGAAUCGUUGGACGAUGGAGCAUUCUGGCCUCUUGAAAAUUUAACGAUAUUACAACUUGAUUUUAAUUUGCUAACUGUGGUGAGAAAAGGCGGUCUCUUUGGAUUAGAGCGUUUACAAAAAUUGACGCUGUCGCACAAUCGAAUAAUCACGAUCGAGGUGCAAGCUUGGGAUAAGUGUAAAGAGAUUGUAGAAUUGGAUCUGUCGCACAACGAAAUAGCUUCCGUCGCACGAGGUACAUUUGAAUUUUUAGAAAAGUUGGAAAAACUGAAAUUGGACCACAAUCAAAUUACGUACAUUUCGGAUGGCGCGUUCCGUUCAACCCCUAAUCUACAGAUACUGGAACUUAAUUUCAAUAAAAUUUCGUACAUGGUGGAAGAUAUUAACGGCGUGUUUGAUCCAUUGGGCCAAUUAUGGAAAUUAGGGUUGGCGUACAACGAUAUAAAAUCCGUACACAAAGAUGCAUUUACCGGAUUAAGUAGCGUAACAGAAUUAGACUUAAGUGGAAACAAUGUGACGAGCAUUCAGGAAAAUGCUUUCGCUUCAAUGACCAGUUUGAUUAAACUUCGUAUGAACUCGAGAACACUAUUUUGCGACUGCGGUUUGCAGUGGUUAAGUAUGUGGUUGCGCGAGCAUAGAUACAGCGAUGCGGAAGUAUAUUGUGGAUAUCCGCAUUGGUUACAGGGUAUGUCGUUGACUCAGCUUCAUCAUAAAAAUUUUACAUGCGACGAAUAUCCGAAACCAAGAAUAAUCGAAGAACCUAAAAGUCAGAUGGGUAUUAAAGGAGAUAACGUAACGUUAAUUUGUCGAGCAACCAGUACUGCCAGUGCGCGGCUACAUUUUACAUGGAAGCACGAUAACGUGGAAAUGGAUAAUGGAAAUUCAGAAAUAAAUAUUGAUUCCGCGGAAAGUGGUGUGACAAAGGCGUCUUCCAUCUUGCAUCUUACUAACGUAACACAUGCAAAUGCUGGCAAAUACCAGUGCAUGGUUACAAACACGUACGGGACGACGUACUCUGCGAAAGCAAAAAUAAGCAUUAUGGUUUAUCCAUCGUUCUCGAAAAUUCCCCACGAUAUACGUGUAAUUGCUGGAAGCACUGCUCGGCUCGAAUGUUCCGCGGAGGGUCAACCGUCGCCGCAAAUAGCGUGGCAAAAAGAUGGAGGGAACAACUUUCCAGCGGCAAGGGAAAGAAGAAUGCACAUGAUGCCAACAGACGACGUACUGUUCAUCGUUGACGUGAAAACAGCGGAUAGCGGCGUUUACUCUUGCACCGCGCAAAAUCUUGCCGGCCUUAUUGUCGCGAAUGCAACUCUUACCAUAUUAGAAACACCGUCGUUCGUGAAACCGAUGGAAAACAAAGAAAUAACCGUCGGUGGUUCGAUCGUGUUGGAGUGUAUGGCAAGCGGUACACCAAGACCAAAGCUCUCCUGGCGUAAAAACGGAAGCCCUCUACAAGCUACGGAACGUCAUUUCUUCACCGCUGAAGAUCAAUUAUUAAUAAUCGUCAAUACUAGAGCUAGCGACGCUGGGAGCUACGAAUGCGAAAUGAGUAAUUCGUUGGGCAGCGUUGUUGGCGCGUCUCACCUUACAGUAAAACCAGCUCCGACCUCUACUCCUAGCCCCGCUUCGGUAAACGAAGACGAUAUACUAGGUUUGAUAAUAAUCACCGUUGUAUGCUGUGCCGUUGGUACGUCCAUAGUGUGGGUGGUUAUAAUUUAUCAGACUAGACGACGCCUAAAUGCCGUUGCGCAAGCUAGAAACGCGCAAACGUCCACUGCUGUUGCAGCCCCUGUUCCGGACACACAGACGCAUUUAUAUUUGGAAACGAGUUCUCAGCAUAGCAAAGAUAGCGGUACAGGAGAUAGUACCAAUCCUAGUAGCGACCAGUUACAAUUAUGUUUACCCGAGGAAAUCGUCACGUGUUCUAUGAACAACGAAGAAGAAACUGGAGCUGUAGUAAACGUCGGGGCACCGUUGUUACGGUACACGAAUCACGAACGACAGGUUCGCGAGAACGAAGACUGUGCCGUAUAAAAUCAUAAGAGAUUCAUCCGCGUUUCGUGCACAAACGUUUUCGUACGAUCCUGUUACGCAAAGUUAGAUCGGACGAUUUUUCACUCAUCAGUUUACGUAGCAAGGUAUUCACCGUUGAACACGCGCAAACUCGUCGAUUUUAUCUCGUGUCGCACGGAUAUUAUUGGUAAGUACAAUAGAAUCGAUAAACGAGAGGCAUCAGUCAUUGUCAUAUUUAUUAUUACAAGAAACGAUUGCCGCGAGAGCGCAGGGUAAACCAGAAUGUACUAGCGACGUACGAUUUGUAAAUAUUUAGGAUAAGGACUCGCGUAUUAGUGUAUUCAAUGUCGUUAAAGAGAAAAUAAGAGAACGAAUACGAUGACACCGGGAAUCACCGUAAGCCGCAAAAGCCACUUAUAUUAAUAUUACUAUUACUAUUAUUAGACCAGUCUUUUGUGAUAGAUAUUUAUUUGUAGGAUUACGUAAAUCAUUAGACGGCGAUUAUAAUUAUAAUAAUGCCCAAGGAUAUAAGAUUGCCUAAAAAAAGAAGGAACAAAAAAAAGAGAAACGUAAACAGGUUCACGCACACUUAUUAAACAUGUAUAACGUAAACACGUACGCAAAAAAGUGCGUUUAUAUACAUAUGUACAUUUGUUUGUAAUAGCACCAAAGUGCUGGUAUAGAGACACUUCGUGAUUUGUCUUCCCCUCUUUUCAGUCCUUUUUUUUUUUUUAAAUUCGUAGCCGAUCGUUACCGAUUUCUAGAGAAUUACGUUUUCAUAUAAUUUCAUCGAUCGGCUACGAUUGCUCAUUACUAACUAUUUAUCUAUCCGCUUGUAUCGAUGACGAACCUUUAGUAGUAUUACUUUUACUAAAGUUUCAAGUAUGUAAUGGAAUCGGUAUGUACGAUUUAGUUGGUUCGCGGACGUCGUUCGAAUAUUUUACCGCUCGAUCGAGAAUCUUCAAUUUUUCGACGCGAUACCUUUGGUUCCCCAAGUCUGCCGCGAACUUUUGAAAGCGCAAGUAGACGACUGCGCGAUUAAACUUAAUUAGUGAAACGACAAGGCGACCGAUAUUAUUUUCUCUGACUUUUUCGAGUUGAUUUGUGAUAUUUUCAUGCCGCGUAGGUAAACUCGUAAUUUAUACAUUGUAAUCUAAUUAAACGUACGUGUUGCGGUGAACAUUGAACGGGGAGGCGCGAAUUUUGAAAGCGAGGAAAACGUGAAACGUUUGGUUUUCAUAUACGUGUAUAUUUUUCUAGUUCUUGCGAACGCGAGAACGUCGAAAUUUCAGUGGAAAAUUGAUUGAGCGAAUAAUAAUAGAGUGGUCGCGCUUCGAAAAGAAACUUUACCGUCGGAUUUGAAUUUUGGUGAAUUCGGCACGAGCGUGACGGAUGAUUGUGUUCGAUCGUUGCUCGAUCAACUUACUCGAAAAGUUCAAAGGUCCAUCGAGCGAUCAUACGCACCGGUCGUAUGAUCGCGCACACUUACCGAUCAUAAGUAUUAACAUUGUAUUGCCAAUAAAUAAGAUGAUGUACAGCACGGCAAAACGAUUUAGCUCGUGCUCGUGCGAUAUACCAAAUAAGGUAUCCCCGUUUAAUUCAGUAUUUUUUCCUUGUUGUUACGUGGUAUAUUCUAAACAAAUAUAAUUAAUCUAUCGAGAUAACGUUGUCGUCAUUUCAUGGUCGAUUCGGCGUUUAAUUAAAAAACACCAGGUCCCCUUUCUCCUUCCUUCUUUUCUCUGUCUUCUUCCUUUCCUUUUACACUUUAUUUACCAAACAAGCGGAUUUUUUUCAAAUAUUACAAUCGCAAAUAUACAUGUAUGUAUGUAUGUAUAUACAUAAAAAAAAAAAAAAACGAAAGAAAA